CACAAACGAAAAAGAAGAUAAAACAGAAGAUAAAAAAAAAAAAAAAUAUAGAAAAAACAUUCUCCAUAUUAACUUUGUUUACAUUCUAGAAAAUAUAUAAUUUUAUUUAUACUAUAUUUUAGUUUUCUGAACUUGCAAUCAAUGUCGUUACUAAAGAUGGAUUGUUUAUUUGUUGCGUAACGGACAGUGGUGGGUGUGUUGUUGGCUCCAUAAAAAAUACUCUAUAUUUUAAAGCACUGAAGUAUAUGAUUGUUCGGAUACUUGCUUGAGGAGGGGGAUACAAAGUGAAAAUGUCAUCGAGGGGAGGGUCGUCAUCGCAGCAGAAUCCGCAGUUGCAGCGGCGGAUUACGCGCACUCAGACAGUGGGGAAUCUCGGGGAGUCUGUCUUUGACAGUGAAGUAGUGCCGUCAUCGCUGGUAGAAAUUGCCCCCAUUCUUCGAGUUGCCAAUGAAGUUGAGCCUAGCAACCCACGUGUUGCCUACCUCUGUAGGUUUUAUGCUUUUGAGAAGGCUCACAGGCUGGAUCCAACUUCAAGUGGACGUGGUGUUCGGCAAUUCAAAACAGCUCUUUUGCAACGUCUGGAAAGGGAAAAUGAUCCAACCUUAAUAGGAAGAGUAAAAAAAAGUGAUGCACGUGAAAUGCAGAGUUUUUAUCAGCAUUACUACAAAAAGUAUAUCCAAGCUUUACAAAAUGCUGCUGACAAAGCUGAUCGUGCACAGCUUACAAAAGCAUACCAAACGGCUAAUGUUCUCUUUGAGGUUUUGAAAGCAGUUAACCAGACACAAUCUGUUGAAGUUGAUCGUGAGAUAUUGGAGACUCAUGAUAAAGUUGCAGAGAAAACAGAAAUAUAUGUCCCUUACAAUAUUCUACCUCUUGAUCCCGACAGUGCAAAUCAGGCAAUCAUGAAAUAUCCAGAGAUUCAAGCUGCUGUACAUGCGCUUCGGAAUACCAGAGGUCUUCUUUGGCCUAAGGAUUACAAGAAGAAGAAGGAUGAAGAUGUCCUUGACUGGCUUCAAGCAAUGUUUGGUUUUCAGAAAGAUAAUGUGGCAAAUCAAAGGGAGCAUUUGAUUUUACUACUUGCAAACGUACACAUACGACAGUUUCCAAAGCCUGAUCAGCAACCCAAGUUAGAUGAGCGGGCUCUAGAUGAAGUGAUGAAGAAGCUUUUCAAGAACUACAAGAAAUGGUGCAAGUAUUUAGAUCGCAAAAGUAGCCUAUGGCUACCUACUAUACAACAAGAAGUGCAACAGCGCAAGUUGUUGUAUAUGGGGCUUUAUCUUCUAAUAUGGGGAGAAGCUGCCAAUUUGAGAUUCAUGCCAGAGUGCCUGUGCUACAUCUAUCAUCAUAUGGCUUUUGAACUUUAUGGUAUGCUUGCUGGUAAUGUAAGCCCAAUGACUGGUGAGAAUGUGAAGCCAGCUUAUGGCGGAGAGGAAGAGGCUUUUUUGAGAAAAGUUGUCACCCCAAUUUAUGAAGUGAUUGCUCGGGAAGCUUCAAGGAGCAAGAAAGGAAAAUCAAAGCAUUCCCAGUGGAGAAAUUAUGAUGAUUUAAAUGAGUACUUUUGGUCUGUAGAUUGCUUUCGGUUGGGUUGGCCCAUGCGGGCUGAUGCUGAUUUUUUCUGCAAACCAGUGGAUCAGCUCCAGAGUGAAAAAAAUGGAGAAACUAGAGCUACUAAAGAUAGGUGGGUGGGGAAAGUUAAUUUUGUUGAGACUCGUUCAUAUUGGCAUAUCUUUAGAAGCUUCGACAGAAUGUGGAGUUUCUUCAUAUUGAGCUUACAGGCUAUGAUCAUUAUUGCUUGGAAUGGCUCAGGGCAACCUAGUGCAAUUUUCGAAGAUGGUGUUUUCAAUAAAGUACUGAGCAUCUUUAUAACUGCUGCAAUAUUGAAACUUGGACAAGCGAUCCUUGAUGUAAUUCUGAGUUGGAAAGCUAGGCAGAGCAUGUCCUUCCAUGUCAAGUUAAGAUACAUUCUAAAGGUUGUGUCUGCUGCUGCUUGGGUGGUCAUCCUGCCUGUUACCUACGCUUAUACAUGGAAGAAUGCUCCUGGGUUUGCUCAAACUAUCAAAAGUUGGCUUGGCAACAGCUCAAGGGCUCCUUCAUUGUUCAUCUUGGCUGUUGUAAUCUACUUAUCGCCAAAUUUUCUCGCUGCCUUUCUGUUCCUUUUUCCUUUCGUUCGUAGGUUCCUUGAGAGGUCCAAUUAUAAGAUUGUGAUGCUAAUGAUGUGGUGGUCCCAGCCUCGGCUCUAUGUUGGCAGGGGAAUGCAUGAAAGUACCUUUUCUCUCUUCAAGUAUACAUUAUUCUGGGUGCUCCUUACCAUUACAAAGUUAGCUUUCAGUUUCUAUAUCGAGAUAAAGCCUUUAGUUGGUCCGACCAGAACGAUAAUGAGCGCUCAUGUAUCGGCUUACCAGUGGCAUGAGUUUUUUCCUCAAGCUAAGAAGAAUAUUGGUGUCGUGAUUGCAAUCUGGGCUCCAGUUAUUCUUGUGUAUUUCAUGGAUGCACAGAUCUGGUAUGCUAUAUUCUCCACACUGUUUGGGGGUAUAUAUGGUGCAUUCCGUCGUCUUGGAGAGAUUCGUACGCUGGGAAUGCUUAGAUCACGAUUCCAAUCGUUGCCAGGUGCUUUUAAUGCAUGCUUAAUCCCAGAGGAUAAAAGUGAGAUUGUGAAAAAGAAAGGACUGAAGGCGACAUUUUCCCGCAAGUUUGAAGUGAUCCCAUCCAGUAAAGAAAAAGAAGCUGCAAGAUUUGCUCAGUUGUGGAACAAAAUAAUAACAAGUUUCAGAGAGGAAGAUCUUAUAAGUGAUAGGGAAAUGGAUCUGCUGCUUGUACCAUAUUGGGCCGAUCGUGAUUUGGAGCUGAUACAGUGGCCCCCAUUUUUGCUUGCCAGCAAGAUUCCUAUAGCAGUGGAUAUGGCUAAAGAUAGUAACGGGAAGGACAGUGAACUGAAAAAACGGAUACAAUCUGAUGAUUAUAUGUAUUCUGCUGUCUGUGAGUGCUAUGCUUCUUUUCGAAACAUCAUUAAAACCUUAGUUCGUGGAAAUCGAGAAAAAGAGGUCAUUGAGUACAUCUUUUCUGAAGUUGACAAACAUAUAGCAGAGGAUGAUCUAUUGACAGAAUACAGGCUGAGUGCUCUUCCCAGUCUUUAUGACCUCUUUGUUAGGCUUGUGAAAUACUUGCUAGAUAAUAAGCAGGAGGAUAGGGAUCAAGUUGUCAUUCUUUUCCAGGAUAUGCUCGAAGUAGUUACCCGAGAUAUAAUGAUGGAAGAUCACAUAUCCAACCUGUUAGAUUCAAUUCAUGGUGGAUCGGGACAUGAAGGAAUGGUCCCUCUCGACCAACAAUAUCAGUUAUUUGCCUCUACUGGAGCCAUCAAGUUUCCAACUCCCGACUCAGAAGCUUGGAAAGAGAAGAUCAAAAGGCUGUAUUUGUUGCUGACGGUAAAGGAAUCUGCUAUGGAUGUACCAUCAAACCUAGAAGCUAGAAGGCGCAUUUCCUUCUUCUCCAAUUCUUUGUUUAUGGACAUGCCUUCAGCUCCUAAAAUCCGCAAUAUGCUAUCUUUCUCUGUUUUGACUCCUUAUUACACGGAGGAAGUUCUCUUCUCAUUGCCUGAGCUAGAAGUGCCAAAUGAAGAUGGUGUUUCCAUUCUCUUUUACUUGCAGAAAAUUUACCCAGAUGAAUGGGACAAUUUUCUCGAGCGUGUCAAGUGUCUCAAUGAAGAAGAACUUAGAGGAUCUGAUGAAUUAGAAGAACAACUACGCCUUUGGGCAUCUUAUAGGGGUCAAACGUUAACAAGAACUGUGAGAGGAAUGAUGUAUUACCGGAAAGCACUUGAACUUCAAGCCUUCCUUGAUAUGGCCAAGGAUGAUGAUUUAAUGGAAGGUUACAAGGCUGUUGAGUUGAAUGAGGAUCAAUUGAAAGGAGAGAGGUCACUUUGGACACAGUGUCAAGCAGUUUCAGAUAUGAAGUUCACUUAUGUUGUAUCUUGUCAGCUAUAUGGUAUUCAAAAAAGAUCUGGCGAUCCUCGAGCUCAGGAUAUAUUGAGACUUAUGACGACAUACCCAUCUCUUCGAGUAGCAUAUAUAGAUGAAGUGGAAGAACCAAGUAAAGACAGGUCCAAGAAGGUGAAUGAUAAGGUGUAUUACUCCACCCUUGUGAAGGCUGCUCUGCCAAAGUCAAAUUCUUUAGAGCCAGGGCAGAACCUGGACCAGGUCAUCUACCGUAUAAAACUUCCAGGACCUGCCAUCAUGGGCGAAGGAAAACCUGAAAAUCAGAAUCAUGCCAUCAUUUUUACACGUGGAGAAGGCUUACAGACUAUUGAUAUGAAUCAGGAUAACUAUAUGGAAGAAGCUUUGAAAAUGAGAAACCUGCUUCAAGAAUUUCUUAAGAGACACGAUGUGAGGCAUCCAUCAAUUCUUGGUUUGAGGGAACAUAUCUUUACUGGAAGUGUUUCCUCCCUUGCUUGGUUUAUGUCAAAUCAAGAGACAAGUUUUGUUACCAUCGGUCAGAGAUUGUUGGCCAAUCCUUUAAAGGUUCGUUUUCACUAUGGUCAUCCAGAUGUUUUUGAUCGAUUAUUUCACCUCACAAGAGGUGGAGUGAGCAAAGCCUCCAAGGUUAUCAACCUGAGUGAGGACAUAUUUGCUGGCUUUAAUUCUACCCUUCGUGAAGGAAAUGUGACCCAUCAUGAAUACAUACAAGUUGGUAAAGGGAGGGAUGUUGGACUUAAUCAAAUUUCUCUGUUUGAGGCGAAGAUUGCCAAUGGAAAUGGAGAACAAACAUUAAGUCGUGAUUUAUAUAGGCUUGGGCAUCGUUUUGACUUCUUCCGAAUGUUGUCAUGCUACUUCACCACAAUUGGUUUCUACUUCAGUACCUUGAUUACGGUGCUUACUGUGUAUGUUUUCCUGUAUGGUCGCCUUUAUCUUGUUCUUAGUGGCCUUGAGAAAGGGCUCAGUAGUCUACCGGGAAUUCGACAAAAUAGGCCUCUUGAAGUUGCUCUUGCCUCUCAGUCAUUUGUCCAAAUUGGGUUUCUGAUGGCUCUCCCUAUGAUGAUGGAAAUUGGACUGGAGAAAGGGUUUCGAACUGCGUUAAGCGAAUUUAUACUGAUGCAAUUGCAGCUUGCACCUGUAUUUUUUACCUUUUCACUGGGAACAAAGACACAUUAUUAUGGGAGGACAUUACUUCAUGGAGGUGCAAAAUAUAGGCCAACAGGUCGUGGGUUUGUGGUGUUCCAUGCCAAAUUUGCUGAUAACUAUCGGCUAUACUCUCGUAGCCACUUUGUUAAGGGACUUGAGUUAAUGAUAUUGCUUCUUGUUUAUCAAAUCUUUGGGCAAUCAUAUAGGGGUACUGUUGCAUAUAUAUUGAUUACUGUAUCAAUGUGGUUCAUGGUUGGCACCUGGCUUUUUGCUCCCUUCCUUUUCAACCCUUCUGGUUUUGAGUGGCAAAAGAUAGUUGAUGAUUGGACUGAUUGGAACAAGUGGAUUAGUAACCGAGGAGGUAUCGGUGUGCCACCAGAAAAAAGUUGGGAAUCAUGGUGGGAGGAAGAGCAGGACCAUCUUCGUCAUUCAGGGAAAUUGGGCAUCAUUUCUGAGAUUAUAUUGGCCUUGAGAUUUUUUAUUUAUCAAUAUGGGCUUGUUUAUCACUUGCACAUCACCAGGCAUACUAAAAGUGUCCUGGUAUAUGGCAUAUCAUGGCUGGUGAUCUUACUGAUCCUUUUUGUCAUGAAGACAAUUUCGGUUGGACGAAGGAAGUUCAGUGCAAACUUCCAGCUUGUUUUUCGGCUUAUCAAGGGUUUGAUCUUUGUCACGUUCGUCUCUGUGCUUGCUAUUUUGAUUGCUCUCCCUCACAUGACACCAAGAGAUAUUGUAGUCUGCAUACUCGCCUUCCUGCCUACUGGUUGGGGUUUACUUCUGAUCGCACAAGCAUGUAAGCCUGUUGUUCAAAGAGCUGGAUUUUGGGGCUCUGUUCGAACUCUGGCACGUGGUUAUGAAAUAUUGAUGGGGCUGAUAUUGUUUACACCUGUAGCGUUUCUUGCAUGGUUCCCGUUUGUAUCCGAGUUCCAAACUCGAAUGUUGUUCAACCAAGCGUUCAGCAGAGGUCUUCAGAUAUCUCGUAUUCUUGGUGGACACCGGAAAGACAGAUCCUCAAGGAACAAGGAGUAGUAGUAUCACAGCAGCCAGGGAUGUCUGCAAAUUUUGUUCUACUUCAACGCUAUUCUGUUGUUACUGUUGCUAACCUCGUUGGAUGCUAAUCCAGCUCCUUGUAUUAUAUUUAUGUGGUUUGUGUGUUAGGGCUGCAAGUGAUUAAAUUAUUUAACUUACCCCACUGAACUGAAAUAUGUAGUAAUGCAAGAUGAAGAGAAGGCUAAAAUAUAUUUUUCUUGCAUA